GCACAUGACUCGCCGGGCUUUUGCAGAAAAUUAUUGAACAUCUAGACGGAGCUGGGAUUCCAGCCUCCUGACCCCGAUAGAGGGCUCCUUCUACUUUUUGCCAAUUGCGUCACAACCGUAAAGAUCCUGGUGAACCUUGUUUUAUUGUAGGAGAUUUAGCGUUAUUCAGUCACGUCUGCUCUCCGCGACCCCAUUUGGGGUUUCCUUGGCAAAAAUGCUGGGGUAGUUGGCCAUUUGCUUCCCUAGCCCACUCUGCGAGCGAGGAAGCCUGGACCGGGGUCGGGAGGCGUCUGAGGUCAGACUUGAACUCAAGGAGGACAGGAACCAGCCCUCUGCCCUCCGGCACCUCCCUCCUGCCCCCGCUGCUCUGGGGCUGCCCGAAGGAGAGCCCUAACGGAACUCGGGGCUGGCUGCAAUCCCGGCCCAUGACCGGCAGGGGGCGCCCUCCUACAGGAGGUGGGUCCCCUCCGGCUCGCCGCGGGGUUUGUAGCGAGGAAGAAAGCCCGGUAAUAAUGACAGCGUUUUACCCUCCCACCUUGCCCGGACAGCAGUGACGGGCUUCUUGGGAAAGCCCGCAGGCUAGGCUGCCCUCCACUGCCUCGGCCCCCGAGCCUUUGAGGUCGCGUCCGGCGCUGCGCGCCCAGCUCCGAGCCGGUUCCCAGGGGGAGCGGCCGAGCCGAAGAGGAGACUCCGGGCUCGGGCCCGCCCCCGGCCCCCCGCGCCCGCCCGCUCCGGGCAGCGCCCCCUCCCCGGAACAUGCUGCCCGGCCCCUGCUCCCAGAGCCGCCGGGAGAGCGCCCCGGACCCUUCUCCGCGGGAGGCUCCGGGCCGCGCUCGCUGAGGAGCGCGCGCAGCAGAGCCGCCCCCUCCCCCCCGACGCCUCCCUCCCCCCGCCCCUCCCCCCGCCCCGCGCCGGUGCGGUCCCCGGGCCGGCUCCCGCGCCGGCCGCCCGGAGUCGCGGCUGCCGCUGGCCUCCCGAUGCCGCUCUCGGAGGAGGAGUCCGCCACCUCGGGGCCGCCUCGGGCAGCAGCCGUCGGCGGCCGCGUCUGCUCCGAGUGCUACACCAACCAGACGUUCGUCUUCGACGAUGGCCACGGCCGGGGCAGAGGCGCCCCCAGGCUGCAGAGUGGUGGGGGCAGUGGUGGAGAAGGCAGCGGCAACCGGAGCGGGGUCCUCCUAGACAUCUCCUCACUCAAAAUGAAUGACAUGGACUCCGAGGUGCUCCCUUUGCCACCCCGAUACCGUUUCCGGGACCUGCUACUGGGAGACCAGUCAUUCCAGAACGACGACAGGGUACAAGUAGAGUUCUAUGUCAAUGAGAACACCUUCAAAGAGAGACUCAAGCUGUUCUUCAUAAAAAACCAAAGAUCCAGCCUGAGGAUCAGGUUGUUCAACUUUUCUCUAAAGCUGUUCACCUGUCUCCUCUACAUUGUCCGAGUCCUGCUCGAUGACCCAGUCCAGGGGAUUGGAUGCUGGGGCUGCCCCAAGCAGAACUAUACAGUAUUCAACCAGUCAUCAUCGGAGAUCAAUUGGGCCCCUAUCUUGUGGGUAGAGAGGAAAAUGACGCUCUGGGCACUUCAGGUCAUUGUAGCAUUAAUAAGUUUUCUUGAGACAAUGCUCCUCAUCUAUCUCAGUUACAAGGGAAACAUUUGGGAACAGAUCUUCCGAGUUUCUUUCAUCUUGGAAAUGAUCAACACAGUACCAUUUAUCAUCACGAUUUUCUGGCCUCCCCUGCGGAAUUUGUUCAUCCCAGUUUUUCUGAACUGCUGGCUGGCCAAGUAUGCUUUGGAGAACAUGAUUAACGACUUCCAUAGGGCCAUCCUAAGGACUCAGUCUGCCAUGUUUAACCAAGUUCUGAUCCUCUUCUGCACCCUCUUGUGCCUCCUUUUUACUGGGACCUGUGGUAUUCAGCACCUGGAAAGAGCUGGGGAUAAUCUCUCUCUCCUCAAGUCUUUUUAUUUCUGCAUUGUCACUUUCUCCACUGUGGGCUAUGGAGAUGUAACCCCCAAAAUCUGGCCAUCUCAGCUCCUGGUGGUUAUUAUGAUCUGUGUGGCCUUAGUUGUCCUUCCACUCCAGUUUGAGGAGCUUGUUUACCUCUGGAUGGAGCGACAAAAGUCUGGGGGUAAUUACAGCCGCCACCGAGCCCAGACGGAGAAACAUGUCGUCCUUUGCGUCAGUUCUCUCAAGAUUGACCUCCUCAUGGAUUUCCUGAAUGAGUUCUAUGCUCACCCUCGCCUCCAGGACUAUUAUGUGGUGAUCCUUUGCCCAACGGAAAUGGACAUUCAGGUGCGUCGGGUUCUGCAGAUCCCUCUAUGGUCUCAGAGGGUGAUCUAUCUCCAGGGCUCAGCUCUAAAGGAUCAAGAUCUCAUGAGAGCCAAGAUGGACAAUGGGGAGGCCUGCUUCAUCCUCAGCAGUAGGAAUGAAGUGGACCGAACAGCCGCGGACCACCAAACCAUCCUGAGAGCCUGGGCAGUGAAGGAUUUUGCUCCCAAUUGCCCUCUCUAUGUUCAGAUUUUGAAGCCAGAGAAUAAGUUUCAUGUCAAAUUUGCUGACCACGUGGUAUGUGAAGAAGAAUGUAAAUAUGCCAUGCUGGCCUUAAAUUGCAUCUGCCCAGCCACCUCCACCCUCAUCACGCUACUGGUCCACACAUCCCGGGGACAGGAAGGUCAGGAUUCACCGGAGCAGUGGCAGCGGAUGUAUGGCCGAUGCUCAGGGAAUGAAGUUUAUCAUAUCCGAAUGGGAGACAGCAAGUUCUUCAUGGAGUAUGAAGGCAAGAGCUUCACCUAUGCAGCCUUCCACGCCCACAAAAAAUACGGCGUGUGCCUGAUUGGGCUGAAGCGGGAGGAGAAUAAAAGCAUCUUGCUGAACCCGGGCCCCCGGCACAUCAUGGCUGCCUCGGACACCUGCUUCUAUAUCAACAUCACCAAGGAGGAGAAUUCAGCCUUCAUCUUCAAGCAGGAAGAGAAGCAGAAGAGGCAGGGCUUCUCGGGGAGAGGCCUCUACGACGGGCCCUCCCGGCUGCCGGUCCACAGCAUCAUUGCUUCCAUGGGUACAGUGGCCAUGGAUUUGCAGAGCACUGAUUGCCGACCCACAAACAGCAGCAAACUCACACUGCCCACAGAAAACGGGUCCAGCAGCCGCAGGCCCAGCAUCGCCCCAGUUCUGGAGCUAGCGGACACCUCUUCCCUGCUCCCCUGUGACCUCCUCAGUGACCAGUCGGAGGACGAGAUGACACCGUCUGACGACGAGGGACUCACCGUGGUAGAGUAUGUGAAGGGCUACCCUCCCAACUCACCCUAUAUCGGAAGCUCUCCUACUCUGUGCCAUCUGCUCCCUGUGAAAGCCCCUUUCUGCUGCCUGAGAUUAGAUAAGGGCUGCAAGCACAACAGUUAUGAAGAUGCUAAAGCCUAUGGCUUUAAGAACAAAUUGAUCAUAGUUUCUGCAGAGACAGCUGGAAAUGGGUUGUAUAAUUUCAUUGUUCCACUCCGGGCAUAUUAUAGAUCUAGGAAGGAGCUAAAUCCCAUAGUUUUGCUUCUGGACAACAAGCCAGAUCACCACUUCCUUGAAGCCAUCUGCUGUUUUCCUAUGGUCUACUAUAUGGAAGGCUCCGUUGACAACCUGGAUAGCCUCCUACAGUGUGGGAUCAUAUAUGCUGACAACCUGGUGGUCGUGGACAAGGAGAGCACCAUGAGUGCCGAGGAGGAUUAUAUGGCAGACGCCAAGACCAUUGUAAACGUGCAGACCAUGUUCCGGUUGUUCCCAAGUCUAAGCAUCAUAACUGAGUUGACCCACCCUUCAAACAUGAGGUUCAUGCAGUUCCGGGCCAAAGACAGCUAUUCAUUGGCCCUCUCCAAACUGGAAAAGAGGGAGAGAGAGAACGGUUCUAAUCUGGCCUUCAUGUUCCGCCUCCCAUUUGCAGCAGGCAGAGUUUUCAGCAUUAGUAUGUUGGAUACCUUGCUCUAUCAGUCAUUUGUGAAGGACUACAUGAUCUCAAUUACGAGGUUAUUGCUGGGUCUUGACACAACCCCAGGAUCAGGAUACCUCUGUGCUAUGAAGAUCACAGAUGAUGACCUGUGGAUCCGGACCUACGGACGCCUCUUUCAGAAGCUCUGCUCAUCUAGUGCUGAAAUCCCCAUCGGCAUCUACAGGACAGAGUCUCACAUGUUUUCCACAUCAGAGCCUCAUGACCUCAGAGCCCAGUCCCAAAUCUCCGUUAACGUGGAGGACUGUGAAGACACCAAGGACAUCAAGGACCACUGGAGCAGCAGGUCCGGGAGCGGAACCAGCCACCACCGCCCUCACCGCAACUCCUGCACCAGCGACCAGUCAGACCACCCCCUCCUGCGGCGCAAGAGCAUGCAGUGGGCGCGCCGCCUCAGCCGCAAGGGCCACAAGCACACCAGCAAGACCGCCGAGUGGAUCAACCAGCAGCGCCUGAGCCUCUAUCGGCGCUCCGAGCGCCAGGAGCUGUCGGAGCUGGUCAAAAACCGAAUGAAGCAUCUCGGGCUCCCCACCACGGGCUACGAGGAUGUAGCAAAUUUAACAGCCAGUGAUGUGAUGAAUCGUGUAAACCUUGGAUAUUUGCAAGAUGAGAUGAAUGACCACCAGAAUACACUGUCCUAUGUCCUCAUCAACCCUCCACCAGACACGAGGCUGGAACUGAAUGACAUUGUAUAUUUAAUUCGAUCAGACCCCUUAGCCCAUGUAACCAAUGAAACACACAGUCGGAAAAGCAGUUGCAGUAAUAAAUUGGACCCAUGCCAUCCUGAGACACGAGAUGAGACACAGCUCUGAGGUCUACAUUGGCUUCCUUGGCUACCACAAAUGCAUGGAACUUCCCAUCAUCCGGGUUUGCCUUUGGUUUGACUCUCUGGAGGCAGAAGAAACAGGCAAAGGAUGGAAUUUCCAAUGGUGACCCAUUGAACCUAUGGAGUGCUGAGCUGCUUGCCUGGCUGAGGACUCCAGAACUAACCUCCGUGGAGGAAAAAACCAUACUGUAGCCAUCAUGGGGGAACCCCUCAGAAAGGAAGUUCCUCACCUUCAAAAUUACAGGGUGAGACCUCACCUGCCUGGAACAGCCAGGAGCUGUUGAAGUUAUUGUUUUUAACCUUUUUUAAUUUUUAAACAUAUAUAAUAUAUGUAUCUCUACACAUGUGUACCGCAACUAGUGAAACCAGCCUGGCUGGGAUGGAAGGAUGUGCCUCAGAAUGAUAGCCUGAAGACAGCAAAAUAUAUAGAGCACAGUUUGAUCAAAGAGUCAACUAAAGAACUAUGCAUAUGGCAAACCUCAGGGAGAGAGAAAGAGGGAGGUUAUAUCAGGUGGGAAGAAGUUGGUCUUGUGGACCUGGAACCAUUCCCAUUGUACUGAUAUACUACCUGUCUCUGGCAUAAGAAAAUGAGAGUUGAGAGGCUUGGGGGGAGGGAGGAGAGGAGAGAGUCAGAUAUUAAAGAACAAGCACUUUGGAGUAUAGUUCUAAUUGAUACUGGCUAGGGGAAACAUUGAGUGUCUCCUAAAAAUAUAGGAAAGGAAAACCUCAAAAUAAAGUCACAGCAGGCUAAAAAAUCCAACAACCUAGUUAGGUGCAAUAGGUCAGGUGGGCUGCUCAGUUCAGAAGCCUUGACGCUGCAGAAUAUAUCAAGGGGCAUUCGAACUCUAAGAAUUACUUGGGAAGAAGAUCCGGGAACCAGUGGUUAAGGUACAGGACUUUUAAGACCUAAGGGAAGUGGAAUUGGAGUCUUAUCAUCCUCUCCUAAUUCUCUAAAUUUAUGGCCGAUAUCUCACCUCUGACUCCUCUAGCUUCCCACUGCAUGUGGGACAGGAAUUACUCAUCCAACCUUAGGGUAACAUCACUGAAGUCUCAGAAGGCCAGUCUCUUCUCUUUUCUCUUUUUAACUGAUUCACUCAGUUGGUCCUUAAUAAGCACUUACUUAGCACAAGGUCCUAUGCCAAAUGUUGAGAUGAGUAAGACAUGUUUUCCGCCCUCAGGAAGUACACAACCUAAUUAGGAAGUCAUGUCAAAAUCCUCUUCUCCCACUCACAGAAUAUCAGAGUGGGUAGAGACUUGACAGACUGACUAGUCCUAUACAAACCUGAACAAGAAUCAAGUCUCCCACCGUCCCAGCCAAUCUCAUCCAGCCACCACUUGAACACUUCUCAUGAGGUCCUACCAAAGCAUCUCAUUGCUCUUUUGUCACUACAUUUCUUUCUUUUUUUCUCCUUGACCUCUGCUUCCCUAGUCUUGUCAGCGGCCCCCUCCCAAAUCUGCCUCCACCUUAUAUCAAACCAGCAAAGUUAGUGGCCCUGGCACACAUAUUUUUGGAGACAAUACAAAAUUCUUUUAAGUGGAUUAAAAGGAAGAUGAGGCAGGUCUCUGUGAAAGGCAUCUCAUGGUACUGGGGAGAUGACUCCAGUAUAUCAAAAUGGAGAAUAAAAUCCUCCCUUUCUUUGGAAGGAAUUUGACUCAGCAGACCUAGGAAUUUAUUAUACCUUUGACACCUCUGCUUUGAGAACUGGCAUGUUGUAGCCAAUUGUAUAUAUUUUCAAUAUGGGAAACAGGGUAAAAUGCUAAGUAUUGGCCUUCUAGAGACAUGAGACAAAUAGGAAGAAGGAACUAACCUCUAACGGGUCAUCUUGUUCUCAGAUUCUAGAACACAUUGAUGACUAACAUUCAAGGUUAGUUAGUUGGGUCAACAUCAUUUCAUGGGGAAGGAAACCAAAGUUAUAUAUUUUGUGUAACUGUUAAACACACUAAAUUUUUAAGGUCUUGGGUAUUUCUUAGGAUGGCAGAAGACAGAAGAAUAGGUGAGGUGACUAAAUUAUGUUAAAAGAAAGAAAAAUAGGGGGAAAUUAUUUAAAGCACAAUUUCUAUCCCAGAGUUGCUUGAUGAUUUCAGACUAUUGAGAAAACUCCCCAUUUAAAAAUGAGAGGACUGGAAUUCUAUUCAUCAUGAAGAAUUCCUGAGAUCCAUCCAGGGAAUAAAUGUUUUAUUAAACAUGUUACUGGUUAUAAGGUAGGUUAGUAUAAGGUAGGUUAGUGUUGGAUCCCUUCCUUUAUACUAAUGUGUACUUUUAACCUACUUGUGUUAAACUACAUUCCAGUUCUUCCAAAUGAAAUUUUAGUCCUGGAACAAGGUAAUUCUUGGAGAGCUGAUCACAAGCAUUUCUCAGAGACUAACAUUCCUAGACUUUCUUGAUCCUAGUCCUCAUGGUACCUCAACCCUAAUUCCAAAGACAGGACUGUUUGCUCUUUUUUGGUGAGAAGAAAUUGUACUAGUGCUGUUGUUUGUCCUAGCCUGGGUCGAGGUCAUUUCCCUGAGUGAUGUUUCAGGAUGGAUUCUUUUGAGUCUAGGGUAGUGGCUGGAGGAGCAAUCUCAUGAAGACAUAUGAAGACAUUGCUCACAUACUCACCGGGCCAGUUGGAAGCCUAGUAACUUAGAUCAAGUCAUGAUGAAUUACAAUUCUAGGUCCCUCAAGCUUGUUCAGGGUGGCUAUGGCUGUCUCUUGUGAAUUUCCUCUCCCCCAGUUCUCCACUGCUGCCUAGUUCUAACUCUGAUCCUGCAAAUUUUUAAAAAUAAAAAGUAUCUCUUUUAUACAUAUUGAUGUAUAUAUCAGAAGUUGAUAAACUUUGCUGCUAAGUGGGACCUCCUGUAUCAGGAGUCCUCAAGAGGGGAGCCUCUAGGCAGAAAUUCAGACUCCAAUUUGUAAGGAAAUGGUCAUAUUUAUAAGUAGCUGCUUUUUUAGACCAUAGAUGUCUCUAAACACUAACCAAAGAACCUAAAGUUAAGACUGGUUCCUCUCUAUCAUAAUUGCCAAUUUUCCAUGUUCUUAAUCAAAAUAAGGGAUAUUUUCAUUUCUAUUAUCACCUCUGUGGCCAAUUAAUCUCUUAUAUACUCUGAAGAGUGGGACAGUACUGUAGUGACAGUUAGCAAUCUGGAGAAAAGUAGAUUCAGUUAAAUUUGACUGGGUUCUUCUGGGAUUCACUGGGAGGGUACAGAAGCAGUAGCUCCACUGGGAGACCCCUGAGGCUUUUACUAAUGGUCCUUUUUUCUAGCAUUUUUUAUUCCUCCAUAUACUUUGACUCAAAUCAACAGUCUCUUAGCUGCUAAGAACCAUAAUUCCAAGCACCAUGGGGAAGCAGAAGCAUGAGACAGAAAGCUAUUUAGGAUCUGGAACUCCCAGAUAAGGACAGUUCUUCUACCAACAUAAAUCACCAUCUUCCCUGAAACUGAAAAAAUCUUAAGGAGCUAUUAAAGAGUAUUGAGAAGUAGUAAUUCGCCAGUCCUAUAGCCAAAGACAUGACUUGAAUCAGGGACAUGCAUAGGCAUAGAACAACAAGAAACAUGUUCAUGAGAAAUAAAAAAAACCAAAACCAAGAAGUUUCGAAUCAGGCCCAAAGAAGGAGUUCAGACUGAGUGCCGAAGAUUUCAAAAGGGGAGGGGAGGCUGAAGCCAUAGGAGAAAAGCUUCCCAAAGGUAAACUUACCCUGGAUCUUUGAAAGAUGCAUAAUAUUUGAUGAGUGAAAAGGAGGAUGAGCCUCUUCCAGCUGGGCUUUAGAAAGAUGUGUAUGAUUCAGAGGAUGGGGAGAAUAGAGAAAGAUGUGAAGAAGGGCCUAGAGACAGAGAUGAGCCUGGCUGCAGUAGGGUAUUCCUGAUGGAGCACCGUACUGUGUCUAAAAUUCUGGGGACCUUUAAGAUGAUGACUUUCUUUUUAAAUAGUUUGGGAAGGACUGCUCUUUGGUCUCCUGGAAUAAUUCACAGGUUGUAAGUCUAUUUUCUCUGGAUUAUCUCACUUGUGUGUUAUUUCUCUUAGGCAUUUCCAGAUCUUCCCCAUGCCAAAUCACCCACCUGUAUGCAGAAUCUAGGGAGCAAAAGAUUCUUGACUCAUAUUCACUAAUAUGUGCUAAGUCCUCUUUUUUCUCAUUGCCCCCUUUUCCCUCAUUCCUUCUUCAGAAAGGGGAUGAUGAGGGUUCAUUUCUCCCCAGUAAGUAGGGUUAAUGCUGCUCUCCUAAUCCCUCUGACAAACACACACUUGAAAAAAGACCCUUUGAUUGUGUGAAAUAGAGUAUCUUUUUUAGGAUGGAGGCAACCAGCUUAUUUCCUUCCCUCCAAAUGUGGGAACAGAGCUCUUCCCAUCUCAAAGUUAAUAUGAUGAUUUGUGGGAAGCCAUAGGUCACUCUGCACACAGACUAAACUGGAAUUCUUUUUAAAGGCACGCUCAUACCUCAAAUUGUUUUAGAGCCGAUAUAAAGCUAAAGAAAGGACACUCCCUGAAAGCCCAGCCACUGGGGUUUCUCAAGAGUGCCUGGAUUUCACCAGGGAGCAUCCCACAUGAAAAGUAAAUGGAUGGAUGGCUUAAUUCCUGCGCAGCGCCACUCCCAUGAGUGAGCAGAUCUGUCUUUUAGCGCCACUCAGUGUCAUCCCAUCUGACCCCUUGGGAAACUGUUCUUACAAAGAACAUCUUACAUUUUCAGAUCACUGGAGAGGUGCCAUUAUCAAGUGCCUGAAAUUACUGCCAAGGAUAUACUUGUGAGUUUAUUUUCAGAACCUAUUCUUCUCCACACCCAGAAUUAUAAUUCCUCUGGGUCUUUUUUCCUCAUCAGUAGAAUAAGAAGUGUCUGGCUUGAUGAUCACUGAGGUAUAUUACCUCUAAAUCUUACAGUCUGAUGAACCACACUCUCCCUCGCUCACACAAAGAAGGAAAUGAAAUCCCUUUCCUUUCCCAUUCCCUUUGUUUCCAAGGAAGCAGCAUCUGAUCAAGAAGCUGAUCUGAUGUAAGUUUUUGUUAUUAAAUUUGUUCAUUUUUAAAAGCUGAAUUCAUUCUGCCAGCCAGGAGGAAGGGAUGUCAGAGAGGAAGACCACGUAAAACAAUGUCCAAACGGUCACAUUGUUGGCCUUCUUCCUGCAGAUGGGGGUUCGUUGUAGGGUGGGGUUAGGGGAGUCAGCUUGGAACUAUUAAUGGAAAACAAAAAAAAAAGUAAAGACUGGACUGGAAC